AUGGACGAUCAACUAAAGACAACAUCGACGUCACCCGAUUCAAUUUUAUCCGAGUUUUCUUCUCAUGAUUCAGGUAUUAACACUGCGACUGCUCCUCCGAUGUCGACUAUGUCCGUGCUUUCACCUCUUCGUUCGUCAAUUACAUUAGCUAAUAUGAGCAAUGUUGCAAAUUCAUUAGAUGAUCAUCACUUUUUCUCCGAUAACUAUAGUUCACGGCGAACAGCUGAUGUAACCUGGUGGCAGUCAGAUAUCGAAAGUUUGAAUUUUCAACUCAACGAACAAUCAUCUCCACCACCAAGCUAUCUAAUUACUGACUUUCGUACCAAUCAAAAUGUUACUUCGUCGUCCAUAACUGAUGUUCUCGUCUCACCUAUGUCCCACAUGUCGACAUCGUCAUCAACCAUGUCGUUUAGCAGUAUCAGCAACCAAGCACCGACGAAUCAACGAUCAUUCCGACCAACAAUGAAGAAUUCGACUAAUUCAUUAAGUAUACCGAAUAAGAAUAGUCAUUCCAUGUCAUCUGCACAAUAUUUGCUACCAUUACCGACACCGUUAUCUAGCCGACAAACACUCGCCUCAGUCGACAACAUUCCUUCCAUUCUCAACGACAACGACCUACAACGAGUGCCACCUUCAUUCAGAUCUAUUUCUUCUUCCGCAACAUUUGGCAAUGGUCCUCUUCUUCAGUCUCAACCACAGCCUCAAGUCAUCCACACCGCCAACCGAUCCAAUCCCAUGCCAUCAUGGCGAGGUUACUUGCCCAUGAGAUUUGAGCCCAUGACCAUGGAUCAGUAUCAGAUCAAUACUCACUUCUCACAGAAAGUCUUUCUCGGUGGCAUUCCGCCUGAACUCACCGAAGCUGAGCUGUUGUUGGUGUUGAGAAAGUUCGGCAAGUGCAACAUCAAGUGGCCCAAAAACGAUGGACUCACUCAUAACAUGCCAGGUACUCCACUCUCAUUCUCACUUUGUCAUACCCUCACACCAUUCACACAGCACUGUACCCGACAACAACGAUCGACUAUCGACUACUUUCUUCAUAUUCACAUGUCACUGACAUCAUCAUCAACAACAACGACAAUGACAACGGCAGCUGGAGGUCCAUCUUCAGCAUCGUCGGGUCUUUCGCUUCGACCCAAUCGACUCAAACCAAUUCAAGUUGUGCCAUGGAACAUGAAGGACAACGUGUUUGUCGUUCAACAAGAAAAUAUUUCUACCAACGAUGCAUCCUACAAGGAUUGGUCACGAACAAUCUUCGUGUCACCACUUCAUGGCAAGAUGACGGCAUUCAGUUUGGCCACGAUCAUGGCCAAUGUGUUUGGCUCGGUGUCCAUGGCUCAGAUCAACACGGACAAGUAUGGUUAUCCAACGGGUACUGGAACAGUGUUGUUCUGUGAUUCGCAUAGUUACAUGCGGGCAGUGGCUGCAGGUGCAAUCGAUAUCAAGUGUGACUGUUUUCACAAGUUGCUCGAUAUUGAUCCAUUCCUGCGUGAAAACGAACCGUGUGCAUUUUGUCCAUCGGUUGCUGACUUGUUUUGUCGAAACUUUCAUUGUCUUCGAUCGUACUGCAAACAAUGUUGGGUGAAUCGACAUGGAUCAAAACCAUUGGCUGACCACCAACCUGCUACCCGACGACAACAACCAUUACCGCAAAUUUAA